UGUCAAUGUCAUUCAAAACUCAAUCAAGUGACAAUUCAUGGCCAAUUCCAAAAGAUCCUUUGAAUUUUGAAACAAAGACCAAAGUAUUAGUAGUAGUAAUCAAUAACAUAACAACAUUGUGAUCUGUGAAGAUCUAGAAAAUUAAUAAACCAUUGAAUUUCUUGCCUUGCUUGAAAACGAUCUUGCCCAAUGGACGAAACAUGAUUAUAAACAAUUAACCAAAGACAAAGUGAAAAGAUAACGUGUAACAAAGGAGAGUUUUGCGUGUCAGUUGUUGUUUGAGCGAGUAAAGUGAUAACUUGAUUAGUGAUCGCCAUCUUCCAGUGUGUUGUGUCACCGCGCGGAGGGCAAUCGGCGGAGGCAGCGAUGGGCAUCUUCGGCACGUCUUCGCCGUUCGACCAGGACGUGGAGCGCGCCACCAGCGAGAACAACACCAGCGAGGAGUGGGGCCUGAUCCUGGAGAUCUGCGACCGCGCGGGCGCCAGCGCGGCCGCCGCGCGCGACUGCCUGCGCGCCGUGCUGCGCCGCCUGGGCCACGCCGACCCGCACGUGCAGGUGCACGCCGCCACGCUGCUGGACGCGUGCGUGGCCAACUGCGGCCGCGCCUUCCACCUCGAGGUGGCGUCGCGCGACUUCGAGGCCGAGUUCCGCCGCCUCCUGGCGCGCGCGCAGCCGCCCGUGCAGGCGCGUCUGCGCGCGCUGCUGCGCAAGUGGGCCGACGGCGAGUUCCGCGACGACCCGCAGCUCGACCUCAUCCCCACGCUGCACGCGCGCCUGCAGGCCGAGGCGGGCGCGGCGCCCGUCGCCGCACCCGCCGCCCCCGCCCCCGCCGCCGCCGCCGCGCCCGCCGCUGACGCGCGCGAGCAGGAGGAGCUGGCGCGCGCCAUCGCGCUGUCCCUGCGCGAGGCGGGCGCCGCGCCGGCCGCGCUGUACCCGCGCAUGGACGCCGCGCCGCCCGCCGCGCCGCCCGCCGCCCCACCCGCCGCGCCGCCCGCCGCGCGGCAGGUGCGCGCGCUGUACGACUUCGAGGCGGCCGAGGACAACGAGCUGACGUUCGCGGCCGGCGAGAUCGUGCACGUGACGGAGAGCAGCGACCCCAACUGGUGGAAGGGGCGCACGGAGCGCGGCGAGGGGCUGUUCCCCGCCAACUUCGUCACGGCCGACCUGGCCGACCCGCCGCCCGAGGCGGUGGCGGCGGCGGCGCCGGCCGGCAAGAGCGUGCAGUUCAGCGAGCCCGAGCCGCCGGGCGGCAUCGACGAGGCGGCCGUGGACGCGGCGCUGGCGGCGCUACACGACGCCGACCCCGCCGGGCCCGACGCGCCGGGCCUGGCCGCGCUGGAGGCGCGCGCCGCCGCCGUCGGCCCGCCCGUGGACGCGGCGCUGGAGCGCGCCGACCGCCGCCACGCGCGCCUCACGCAGCUCAGCGCCGACCUGGUGGACGCGCUCAACCUCUACCACGACCUGAUGCGUGAGCCGCCGCGCGCGCUCUACGCGCCGCCGCCCUUCCUGCCGCCCGGCCACGCGCCGCCCGGCCACGCGCCGCCGCGCUGCUAGCGCCGCGGGACGCCGUGCGCCCGCCGUGGACGCGGCGCUGGAGCGCGCCGACCGCCGCCACGCGCGCCUCACGCAGCUCAGCGCCGUGGGACGCCGUGUGCCCGCCGUGGACGCGCCACCGCGGGACACCGUGGACGCGCCGCCGCGCUGCUAGCACUCCUAAGCAUUGCCUAAACAUAAUAUUAUACAAUACAUGUCAAAUAUCUAGAUUAUUAAUAUAUAA